AUGUCGAAACCAGGAGUCACCGAGAUGGAGUCCACCACCGUCUCGUCGCCGGCCAAGCGCAGCUUCGGUGCUCGCCUGGGUGCGCAUUUCAAGAAGUGGUGGUGGUUGCACUUGAUCAUCUUCAUUGCGGUCCUGCUCAUCAUCUUGUUGCCGGUAAUCUACGUGGGUUAUCCCCACAUCGCCCAGAGCCAAGUCAACGACUCCACCCUCAACGUCACCAGCAUGACCAUCGCCGACCCAACCCCAGACUCCUUCCACCUCCUCCAAACCCAAGUCAUCGGCUCGCACAGCUCCUAUCACCCCAAGAUCUACUCUUUCCUGGCCUCAGUGUCUCUUCUCGGCUCCGCGCAGGCAUUCACCUCCGUGCAGGUGCCGGAAGUUCAGUCCAAGGAUGGCGCACAGGUUAAUGUCGAUCAGAUUGUUGAUCUGAGCAAUGCUGGUGCUUUUGGCGACUUUGCGCAGGCUGUUAUGUUGAAUGAGGAGAUUGAGAUGAAUAUUUAUGGUAGGCCCGGGUUGAGGGAGGGUUCGUUGCCUAAGACUACGGUUACGUAUAACAAGACUAUUACUAUGAAGGGCUUGAACAAGCUCAAGGGCUUCGAUGUCACAGAGUUCCACAUCAUGCUCGAGGCCCAGAACGGCCGUAACAUGAACGGCACCGUGUACAUCCCCAAUCCCUCCGUGAUGACCAUCACCAUGGGCAACGUAACCCUGGACCUCUCCGUCGCCGGACAACCAAUGGGCUACUCCUACCUGGACAACCUCGUCCUCAAACCAGGCAACAACACCAUCCCCAUGACCUCCAACGUCAACCAAAGCGCCAUCAUCAGCCUAGUCACGUCCAGCAGUAACCCGUACAAGGACGGCAUGGUCCCGUUCUCUAUCACGGGUAACUCGAGCGUGUACAAUGGCAAGCAGUUGCCUUAUUUCACGCAGGCGUUGGCGUCGAAUAACCUCACCGUGAAUCUGAAUGUGACCAAGGCGUUGGCGGAGAUUGGGAUUCAUCUUUGA